UACCGUGCCGAGAAACGCACUCGGAGAUAUAAGGUUCCCAAGAGACGGGACGCUAUUGAUCGGCUGGAAGCUGGGGCAGAAGUCUCACACGGCGGCAGCACUAGGUCCAGAAAACAAGCAAUAACAGAAGAAAUGACUAACCGUCGAUCCAUAGUACAAUGGACUGCAGAGGUUCUACUUCUGUUCUUCGUACCUGUGGUCACCUUAAACAAAACAAUAGUUAAACUUGACACAACGGGAGAGAGAGACUGUGGGGGGAUAUAUAAUAUAUCGUCCGAAGACGAAGUCAGAUUAAUGGCGGGCGGAAGACUGCUUGGAGGCACAUGCGCAGUGACACUUCGCUUUGAUAACCACGACACAUUGGAGUGCGAGAAAGUCUGUAUCAAGAUGUCGGUUUCUCAACUUCAGACUUGUGACAUGACAAUGUCGUUCGUUCCUGUCACUUUUGACAAAACCAAAGUCACUGGUCCCAAACGUUACGACUGCCGGAAUCCUUUCCCGGAAGUGUGGUGUCCAUUUGCGGACGUUGUUUACGUUCUGGUGACGGAGAGUAAUCGUUACCCCAAGAACACGAAAACUUUUUACAAGUUUAACGUCGACUUGACGCCACAGUGUGUAAAGAAAACAGACAGGAUGAACGAAAGAGAAACACAGAUAUCAUACAAGUACACAGUCGAGAAGAGUUCCAGGGAAAAGUGGAUUUACGUAGAGGGCGUUGUGGUCAGCAUUUGCCUCGCUUCCAUCUUCUUUGUGGCACUGGUUGUCUUCAUUUGCUACUACAGAGCUCAGAAAAAGACCAGCCCUCAACGGUGCGAAGUUCCUAAAUCGUCAAGUAAAGAACCAAUUUUAGUCAAUGUCAGGUCCAAGUUGCCGUUUCGAUCACACAAAAAAAAGGGUCACGACCUAGCGAGAUCGUCUGAGAGUUACCAUCAAAUUUCGGAUUCUGAUCAGAAUGUCAAACCGGAUGUGGAAGUGAGUGACAUAAUGCAGAAUCGCACUGACUCAGCCUCGACGCUUGUGAUUGGACAAGACAACAAACGCGUCGCAGAAAAUCAAGUUUAAAUUGACCUUGUUUUAAUCAUAUGAAGUUAUAUUACUUCAUUUUUUAAUAUGUUUUCAUUAACAUAUUUGCUUGUACUAUUCGUGAAUUAACUUUGUGGCUAUACUUUAUCAAUAUGGUGUCAUAUCCCCUCCCCUGUCCCAAAAGUGAAUAUUAACAUUAAGCCAAAUGCCUUAAUUUAUAUCAUGUUCAUAAGCAUUGACCUCAUGUUGUGGAGGAGGAAACAAAUAUACAUGUAAAAGAGAUAAAAGUGUGAGACAAAUUAUGACUGGUUGCCUCAUUUAAUGUAGCUCCAUCCUCAUGUGACUUAUCAAUAUUAACGGUUGAAAGUGGAAAAACUGUAUCAAUUUCCACUCAAUAUAGAUUGAUUUUAGAAUAUGUUAAACAUGUAUUUUGCCACCUUUUUAAAGAUGUCAGACAUACAAAAACAUAAGUAUACAUGUAUGUCAACAUCAGAAAAUCACAUAUUUUCGUUAAACAGAAUGAUAGAAAUAGAUAAAAACUUCUUUCAUUCUUUUUAAAUCUGCUAAUUCAUAAAUAUGUUAAAUUAGUUGUUGAUAUUAGAGAAAGCAAUGUAUAAUAGACAUACAGUAGAGGAAAUAUCACCAUAUGAGUUAUUGCCCUUGAAAAAAAUUUCUUUAUCAUAAAUAAUUGAUUAUUCAUGGAAAAUAUAAACUUUAUCAGUAUCAAUAGUUUUCCGGAUUUUUUAUGUUAUUCUGUAAAUAAAAUUCCUCCAAAAGAUAUAUUUCUAUCAUGCGCGAAGUUUGAUUAAAUAAAGAUUUUGCAAAAACCUACAUCAUAUGAGAAUCGAUCUACCUUAAACGGAUAAAACUCCUUUCCUAAUGACAUUAUAUAUUGUCAAAUUGUACAUUGUUCAUGCUUUUUUCUGGCGUUUUUAAUCUAUUUUUUAUUUUGUGUUUAGAAUUAAUCACAUACCUUUCAUUGCUUAACAUUUUCAAUAUGAUUAAGAACUAGAAAAAUAUAUAAAUCAAAUGUUAAUGUGUAAUGACCACUGCUCUGUUUAUAAAACAUGUGUUGUUUUUUAUUAUUAUUUAUUAAUUUCAGUAUAUACAUCAGUUUUUCUUACCUAUUUGACAGUACAUGAGAUAUUGUUUCGAAUGCAAUACAAGGUUUAGACAUCGCGACGUGCUUUAUGAAACACAUUACAUGUACUAGAAUGUAUUAUUAUAGUUACUUAUAAUUUUGAGACAUGAUUUUAUCUAGAUCUCCGAUGUUCACACUCAACGUUGGACAUUUCUGUAAUGAGAGAUGGACGCUGGGCCGUAACGGUCUGUCUGUUUGUAAAUCCAUCUAUCUGCCGCUACAUCAUAUGUAUGUACCGCUGUAAACCUGCCAGUCUGUCUGUAUGUCUGUACAUCAUAUGUCUGUGUAUAAAUACCGCGGUACGCCUGCCUUUCUGUCUGUGUAUCAUAUAUCUGUCUGUAUUUCUUUAUCGUUUAAUUUUCGUGAUUGUGAUCGCCAUGUUUGGCAAACCCAAAGGAUUGUUUUCAUUCCAAUGGCUACUAACAGAUUGUCAGUUGGUUAAUUCAAUUUUGCUUUCGCAAAAUAAUUACAUGUACCUAGUAUUGAAAAAGGACGACUAUUAUCUAUCAACGCACCUUUUCUAAUGAAUAUGGCGCGUUUUUGUCAAUUUGUAAAAGCGGAAUUUUUGUGAUGGGAUGAUAUGAAUAAUCUAGAGGCCUGUGGGUUGCAUAGUUCGCAUGAGUCCCCUAGCUCGCUCUUACAGAAAUAAGGAAUAUAUCAGUAUUUGAGUUUACUCAUACAUCAAAGAGACAAAAACCAGAAUUGUUUUCUUAAGAAAGUAAUACUUCAACCUAGAAACACGACUUAAAUUAACGUGAAUCUAAUUUAUAAACGACAUUGCAAAUAAUUUUGACAAUGUUACGAUAUUUAAGUAUUGUGAAAAAAAAAAAUUCAAAAUGCUGAUAGUUCGAGACGUGUGUUCUUACCCCUUCUAGAUAAAAUGAAUGUGUCCAUGCUGUGGUUUAAAUCUGCAGUAUCUAAAGAGGCAACCACAACGAAACACGUACAGCCCGCCAUGUAUGUUUUAUCUGUACAACAAACUUUCACUGUCUAUUUUGUAUCUAAUGUGUAUAUCCGAAACCCCUCACACCCUUAUUGUAUUUACAUGUUUAUAUCCAAAAAACCCACAUCCUGUCGUGUAUUUUACAUGUUUACAUGUAUAUCCGAAACCCUUCACGAGCUGUUUUAUGUAUUACGUACAUGUUUUUAUCUUAAAUCUUUCACAGCCUGUCAACUACUUAAUUAAUGCACAAUGAUUAUUUUAUGAAGUAAACAUGUUUAAACCUGUCA